UUAUCGUGUUAUUUGCAAAAUAAAACCUUCGAAUACGAUUUUGACUACAAAGUGUUUGUGUCAACUGUCAUGCGCCGCCAUUAACUUCCUUUUCCAGUUGUUCCGAAAAUUGACAACAUGAAUCCGAGUUUGUCGAAGCAAAAGAAGGAGCCAAUCCACUCAGUCCAAGUUUUUGGACGCAAAAAAUCAGCCACUGCUGUAGCUUACUGCAAGCGCGGCAAGGGUAUCUUGAGGGUAAAUGGGCGCCCUUUGAGCCAAGUUGAGCCCAAAAUGCUCCAGGAUAAGUUGCAAGAACCAAUCUUACUUCUAGGCAAGGACAAGUUUUCAGCUGUUGAUAUCAGAGUGAGGGUGAACGGCGGUGGUCACGUCUCGCAAAUCUAUGCCAUCAGACAAGCAAUUUCUAAAGCUUUGGUAGCCUAUUACCAAAAAUAUGUUGAUGAAGCGUCGAAAAAGGAAUUGAAAGACAUUUUGAUCCAAUACGACCGCACUUUACUGGUAGCGGAUCCUCGUCGCUGCGAGCCCAAGAAAUUCGGUGGUCCAGGAGCCCGCGCUCGCUACCAAAAAUCUUACCGUUAAGUUAAAAUUAUGUAUCAGUAAGAUACACAAUUAUUUCUAAUAAAAAUUGCUUGAAACAAUAA